AUGAAUCCUGAAUAUGACUACCUGUUCAAACUUCUUUUGAUCGGUGAUUCUGGGGUCGGAAAGUCAUGUCUGCUGCUGCGCUUUGCGGAUGACACCUACACUGAGAGUUACAUCUCCACCAUCGGAGUCGACUUCAAGAUCAGGACCAUAGACAUGGACGGCAAGACAGUGAAACUACAGAUUUGGGACACAGCAGGUCAGGAGAGGUUUCGAACCAUCACCUCCAGCUACUACAGGGGAGCCCAUGGCAUCAUCAUCGUCUACGACGUCACUGAGCAGGAGUCCUUUAACAAUGUCAAGCAGUGGCUGGGCGAGAUAGAUCGCUACGCCUGUGAGAACGUCUCCAGGCUGCUGGUGGGAAAUAAGUCGGACCUCGUCAGUAAGAAAGUGGUGGACGUCGCCACUGCUCAGGACCUGGCCUCAUCUCUCAAGGUCCCCUUCCUGGAGACUAGCGCCAAGAGCUCAGAUAACGUGGAGAGGGCUUUCCUUACCAUGGCCUCCGAGAUCCACAAGCGCGUAGCCAGCGAGGGAGGGGGGAUGCAGGGCGAGUCGAAAGAGGCCAGGGCCCAGAGUGCCAAGAUCAACAGCGCCCCUCUGUGGCUGGGAGGGGAAAAACAGACGCAGGAAGCCAGCAACUGCUGCUGAGCAGGAGACAUCAGCUCAGUAUUCAAAAGAGAGAUGUGUCAUUUUAAACGCAUCUGUUGAGUUUCAGGACUAUGUGACUGGUGACACACACUUAUUGUCAGAAUGUUGACUGACAUCUUUGCUACUUAACUAAAAUUAUGUAUUUUCAGGAAGAAAAAAAAGGUGUGUUUUAAGCUUGACUGCAAUAUAUUUUGGAGCUUGGUAUUUUUGAAUUAAAUAUAAUAUAGCAUUUCUGCUUUAUUAAGGGGCAGAGACAAACAGAUGACAGAGAGAUUUGAAACUCGGCCAAAUGAACAACUACGAUAGUGUGGGUUUGAGAAGAGUUUUAUAAACACACAGAGGACCACUUACUGCAUCACUCCUUUAACUCAAGAUAAAAUAUGGAAAUAGCAAGAAGUUCUCAGUUUGAGCUGCAGCUGUUAUGGAUGAAUUUACUGUGUGAUUUGAACUGUCACUUCCCAUAAUUUCCCUCAGAGGUGUUUUAUUGUAUUUUUACCAGUUUUUGUUUUGUUUCGCAUGUUGU